AUGCGCUCAAUUUGGAACACUCUGAUUUCGGUUUCUCUACCCUAUUCAUUACUCUUACGACUGUCGUUAUCGCUAUCGUUGUCGUCACUGCCUCCGUCGACCUCUACGAUUCCAACCACAAACGAGCAACACAAAGCCCUGAGCCCCCUGGAAGCCUUUAAGACCAAGAAAGACAGGCUACAGAGAGCCGAAACUGAGAGGAAGAUAUCGCUACGAGAUUUCGAGCGCACAGCCUCUGAAUGGGAACAAACCGACAAGGUACAAUCAAUCUUCCAGCAAAUCAAGGCACAAGAGACUACUGUGCGGCUGUACCAACCCCAGGCGGACGAGCUGGGGCCACAAUACGGAGGGGGUUCACUUCUGGUCCUUAGGGAUGAACUAGGGCGCCCAUUCUGGGGAACACCAGGCAGAUAUAUGCCUAGAAACAUGGUUCUCGCACUGGUCGAGGAACUGGGUCACGACUAUAAGGGCAUUCUGGCGGGGGCUACUUGUAGUAGGGGGAUUCAAAGCUGUUUAUAG